AUGGCAGGACCGAACGGAACCACAGCGAACGAGCAUACGGGGUUGAUAUCAGGGCAAGAGAAUGGCGGAGCAGGGAGGAAGAAGAGUUCGCUGACGGAAUUCUUCGAGUUUUUCAUCAAGAAGAAUCAUACCGCGGGAAUGGAGAGUGAAAACAAGUUCGUGAGGUAUCCUGCAAACGUUAUGCAAGCUACUAAAGUCACAUUGUACAGCAACUAUGUCAAUAUCCUCCUGGUCUUCGUGCCGGUGGGUAUAGUUGCUGGUGCAAUGGGCUGGAACCCCACGGUUGUUUUCUUUCUCAAUUUCUUUGCGAUUGUUCCGUUAGCGGCUGUUCUUUCCUUUGCUACCGAAGAGAUCUCUAUGAAGCUCGGACAGACAAUGGGUGGAUUGUUGAAUGCUACUUUUGGAAAUGCAGUGGAGUUGAUUGUCAGUAUUGUUGCAUUGAGAGAGGGGCAGAUCAGAAUUGUUCAAUCUAGUAUGUUGGGAAGCAUCCUUUCCAACAUGCUACUUGUACUUGGGUGUUGCUUCUUAGCAGGUGGCAUUCACAAUUCUAGGACUGGUACUGCGAAUGGUAUCGAGCAAGAUUUCAACUCAACCGUAGCCUCGACCAUGUCCUCUUUGAUGACAGUCGCUGCUGCGUCUUUGAUCAUUCCAGCAACUCUUUAUGCCGCACUAUCAAAGUCUCAAGAGAACUCGGAUGAAAACAUUCUCAUCCUAUCUCACGGCACCGCUAUCAUCCUUCUCAUCCUCUACGUCCUCUACCUCGUUUUCCAACUUCGAACCCAUUCUACCCUUUUCGAUGCUGAAACUGCACCUGAGGGAGAAGAGGAGGAGCAGGAAGAAGAGGAGCCACAAUUGAGCCCAUGGGCAGCUGCUGGUGUUCUUGUAGUCGUCACUAUCGCUGUUGCCGUUUGCGCCGAGUUCCUCGUUGACUCGAUCGAUUCACUCGUUGAGACGGCUCACAUUUCCAAGACCUUUAUCGGUCUUAUCCUCCUUCCGAUUGUCGGCAACGCUGCUGAACAUGUUACUGCUGUCGUGGUCGCUGUGAAGGAUAAGAUGGAUCUCGCUAUGGGUGUUGCGAUUGGCAGCUCGAUGCAAAUCGCUUUACUUGUUACUCCUUUCUUGGUUAUCUUGGGCUGGAUCAUUGACCAACCAAUGACAUUACAUUUCGAGACCUUUGAGACGGUCGUUUUCUUCUUGAGUGUAUUGGUUGUUACAUAUGUUAUUCAGGAUGGAAAGAGUAACUAUUUGGAGGGUGCCAUGCUGUUGGGUCUUUAUAUCAUCAUCGCGCUUGCGUUCUUAGUAUAUCCAGACGAUGCCACCGAUGUUCCCAGCAUAGUCGUCAGAUCGGUGAAGGCUAUGGUUGGAUAUUAG